AUGGAUAGAAACCCUAUCCAUCCACCACCACCUGCAAGGAAUGACUAUGAGAUCAAGCCUCAGAUCAUUGCAUUGGUUAGACAGAACCAAUUCAAUGGACUUCCAGCUGAGCACCCUCUUGAUCACAUAGAAAACUUUGAAGAAAUUUGCAGCACUACAAGAUCCAAUGGAGUCUCUGCUGACUACCUUAAGUGCAAGCUCUUUUCAUUCUCUCUUGGCGACAAAGCUUCAAGAUGGUUGAAGUCUCUGCCAGCUCACUCCAUCACCACUUGGGAUGAGUACAAGGCUGCAUUCAUCAACCACUUCUACACCAAGCAAAGAUCAAUUUCUGUAGAAACAAGAUCUCCACUUUCGCCAAGGCAACAAUGA